AAAGUGCAAAUUACAAUAGAGGGUAUUUAUUAAAAAAUAAGCAUAUGACGACACAAAAUAGCAUGAGAUUCGGUCCAGAAUGGAUGCGUCAAGGACCUCAUAAUAAUGUACCAGAAGGAUCAACAUCAUUUGAAGUAAUUCAAAAUAAACAACAAAAUGAAAAGAAUAGACAAGAAAAUAUAUCAUAUUUAUCUAGUCCAUCAUUAUCAUUACAGACUAGUAAUACGUCAAAGUCUCCGUCGACACCAUCUCCGGGUUUAUUAAGAUAUAGUAAAGAAUUUUUAUUAUCUAUAUGGAAGGAUAUGUUUAUGUCGGAAAAAGGGAUUAGUAAGCCAUCAGAGCUUAAUCAAUUUUCUCAAAUAUCAAGUGAUGAAAUCAUAACUCCGGUAUCAUUAUCAGAAAUGAGUGAGGAUGAAAAAAAGCUUUUUAUAGGACCAGUUAAUAGUGAAAAAAAAAGGAGAAAUUUAGAAUUAGUGAAUAAUAUGGUUCAUGGGAAUGCCCAUUUUUAUACAAAUCGAGCUUAUUCACCACGUAAUGAACGGUUUAUAAAUAGUUCACGGUUUGAUCAAAAAACACGAAAUAAAGAAGUUUAUGAAGGGUUUCGAAAUCCACGUAUACAAAAGUCUCGAGAAUAUUUUUCUAAUACAUUUUCAUCGGAAUUUUGGACGCCUUCUAGUCUACGAACGAACUCAGAAACACUUACAAAUAAUAUACUUUCUAAUGAAAAUAAUGAAACUCUUCCAUCUUCUAUUAAAUCUGAGCAUUCGGAACUUAGAAAUGUAUAUACAAAGGAAAAUAGAAAUAUUUCUUUAAGUAAGGGUAUUGCAGAUUUAUCUAUUUCACAAAUUAAUACACCCUUUUUAUCAUCUGGUACAAUCCGUUCUCCUGUUGAAAGUAUAGGGUCUAUUCCAGGAAGAAAUAUUUCGAGAUUGCAAUCCUUAGGCAUGUUUGAGUCGCAAAGUUCCUCAAAAAUUUCACCCACUUCAACAUCAUCUUUUCAGUAUGAUGAUUCCGAUGAUGUAUUAAAAGAAGCAAUGGAACAUAUUUCUGAAGAUAAAGAUAAAUCGCUAGAAAAUUUUCAAAAUAAGCUUAAUACUAAUUUAGAUAUUAAUAAAUCUUUAGAGAAUAUACAAAAAGAAAAAACUCAAUUUUUGGGCCUAUUUACUCCUUCAGACUCCUCAUCUUUGAACAAAAAUAGUAAAAUCGAGAAGCUUUUUGAGAAUUCUCAACAAUCUAAUUUCUCUCAACCAUCACCAUUACAACCUCCUUCUAGAACACCAAUUAUGCCUGAUAAAUUGAAUUGGCUUUAUAAGGAUCCUAUGGGUGUAACACAAGGUCCCUUUUCUGGCUUAAAAAUGCAGGAUUGGUAUAAUGCAGGAUUUUUUCAGCUUACAUUAUUGGUAAAACAAGUCAAUGAUGAGGAUUUUGAGCCCUUGAGUUCUUUAAUAGCACGUGUUGGGAAUCAAAAAGAACCUUUCUUAUCGCCCUUUUAUAGCAAAUCACAGGCUAUUUCCCCAGUAGAAAACUUUUACGAUACGGUUAAUGGUUGGAAUUCUCCAGGACAAGGAUCUAAAUUAGAUCACCAUCUACCCGGAACUACUGCUCUUGGUCAUAUAGAUUCUGCAACUCCUACAACUCCUGGAUGGAAUCGACAAACACAGUUUCCCAAGUCAUUUUCUUUUGGAUCUAAUUUACCUCCAGAGCAACAUAAUUCAUUAGAAAGUAGAAAACAGGAAGAAUAUUUAAUGCAUCAUAAAAAGGAUAUGUUCCAACAACAACGAUUAACACAACUUGCAAUUCAACGGCAAAAACUCCAGAAUAUUCAAAAACAAACUCAAAAUCAACAAGAAAGACCAAUGCAAGUAAAUUUUUUAAGGCAAACAGAAACAUUUCCUUUAAAGUCAACAAAAAGUACGACAUCUGAGUCCAUUGUUAGGAAUAAACCUUUGGACGAAAUAAAUAUUUCAAGAAUCGAUAAAGAAACUCCAGAGUUCGUGCCACAUUUUAAUAAAACAGCCGAAGAAAAAUUACCUAAUUUAGAUCCUGUACUUUCUUUUGUUAAUACUGAGCAAAGCGAUUUAUUAAAUUUCACCAGGAAUUCUUCAGAAAUUAUAUUUUCAAAACCAGAAACAAUCCAAUUUACUAAUUCAAAUAAUAUACAAAAACAGCCUUUUCAAAAAAAGAAUGAAAUAUACUUAAAAUCAUCAAAUGCUAACCAAAUAUUGAAGCAGCCUUUAAUAAAACAAAAGGAGCCUCAAAAAACCCAGAUGCAUUCUGUUACUCCAUGGGCAAAUGUUUUAGAUGAUAUUAAGGACAUUUCGUUACGUGAGGCUCAGGAAUCUGAAGUCAAAGAUUCGCAAAAUUCUACACAGGAGAUAUUUUUAAAUAGCGAAUACUCUGAAAAAGUAAAUUCGAUUAAAAAAGAAACCCAUCCUAUUAUCAAUAAUCUUCCAAAAACUUCAGCAUGGGGGCUUCCAAGUAGUAUUCCUGAAAACUCCUCAGAUUCUAUAUCAACACACAAUUUGAGUUCUGUAUGGCAGUCUCCUGGCAUUCCUGUUAAAAAGUCGCUUACCGAAAUACAAGAAGAACAAAAUAUGAAAGCAAAUAAAUACCAGAAACAACUCAAUAUAAAUACCAUGGCAGCGUCAUUAUCAUCCAAAAACCACACUAAUCUUUUAAAAAAACCAUCUCAAUCUCCCUGGAUAACUGUUGGUCCUAAUGGUCGUUCAAUUUCACGUCCUUCUCCUGUAGCGUCGUCUCCUCGUACAAAUAUUGAUUCAUCUGGAGUAAAACCGGGGAAUUUGGAGAUUAAUCAAAAAAAAUCGAAUGUUUCUAAAUUUCAUAUUAUACAACCUAUUAACCAAUCUUCUAAUUCGACCAAUUCUAAUAUUUCUGGGAAUUCAGCAAAAAAUAGUUCAAAUGAUUUUUUUAAUUGGUGUAAAAAGUCACUUAAAGCAUUAAACCCUGGAAUUAAUUUGGAAGAUUUUCUUCAAAUGCUUAUGUCACUUCCUGUUGAACCUAGUCAAGAGACUAUUGAAAUUAUUUCGGAUAGUAUAUAUGCAAAUAGUGCAAUUCUUGAUGGACGUCGUUUUGCAGAAGAAUUUGUUAAACGAAGAUUAGAAAAUAUUUCUUUAGAUAAUGAAGCCCUUGAAAAAAACAUUGCUAUACAGAGUUGGACCGAUGCUUUAAAAUCACAGAAACAAAAGGAGUCUGAAUGGAAUUCCACAUUUAAGAUUGUUUCAAACAAGAAAAAUAAAAAAAGAAAUUAAAAUUAGUAUAUUAAAGGUUUCAAAGUAUUUGAGUAUUUGCAUUAUAUUUUGUGAUUUUAAAUUUUAAAAACCA